UGCUCACCUGCCCCUCGAGGAGGUCAUCGCCGGAAUGAAACUUCACAUAAACGUUAUAAUCCUUACCUUAAUCGACGGAGUGAACAGAUAGACGUCAUCGAUUCGGUAUCCCAUCCGUCCCACACCCAGCUAAGGAGAGCUGACGUCACUCGCAAGCAUCCACCGCCCCUUCAACAAGGACGGCAGCGCCAGCAGAUGGAGGGCUAUGAGACAUUAUCACGCCCAGUUAACACAACGUUAAGGAUUCAUAGCCUCACAGCAGCUCAACCCCCUCACCAGGACAUAAAUGUCACACCGCUGUGCAUAGAUUUGGUAUCCAGCAGCGCUGAGAGCGACAGUGAGAGUGACACACCCAACUCAGCAGAGUGGACAUUACCCAUAUCCGGCUCGCACCCCUCGGCUCACAGGGAAGGAAGGGGUCGUUCACACGCUCACUCAACCCCCCGUUCCUCCCCCAGCCCCAUACCCCAAUCAAUCAGCGACAGCUGCAGCAGCAGCAACAGCAGCAUCAGCAGCAGUGAGGAGAACACUAGUGUUAACAACAGCAUUCUCAGUCCGUGAGAAUAGCCUUGACUCAGACGACAGCUCAGCAGACCUUGACCAUGACUCGUCAGCG